CCGGCGCUUCCUGUUCCAGCCACGUGGGCCCGGGAUGGCGGGCGAGGCGCAGUGCCUCAGCUACACGGGAUGCAACUUCCUGCGGCAGCGCCUGGUGCUGGCCACGCUCAGCGGCCGCCCGCUGAAGAUCCGCAAGAUCCGCGCCAAGGAGGAGGACCCCGGCCUCCGCGAUUUUGAAGCAAGUUUUAUUCGCCUGAUUGACAAAGUGACCAAUGGCUCACGGAUUGAAAUAAACCAAACAGGUACUACCUUGUAUUAUCAGCCUGGUCUUCUGUACGGAGGCUCAUUGGAGCAUGACUGCAGCCCCAGUCGUGGCAUUGGCUACUACUUGGAAAGUCUGCUCUGCUUGGCACCUUUCAUGAAGCAUCCAUUGAAGAUUGUCUUGAGGGGAGUAACAAAUGAUCAAGUAGAUCCUUCAGUUGAUGUUCUUAAGGCAACAGCUCUACCUCUUCUGAAGAAGUUUGGAAUUGAUGGUGAAAGUCUGGAAAUCAAGAUCAACCGAAGAGGAAUGCCUCCCAAAGGGGGUGGAGAGAUACUGUUUACUUGCCCAGUGAGAAAGGUUUUGCAGCCUGUUCAGUUCACAGACCCUGGAAAAAUCAAGCGCAUCAGAGGAACUGCAUACUCUGUCCGAGUGUCACCACAGAUGGCAAACAGAAUGGUGGAAUCUGCAAGAGGCAUCUUGAAUAAAUUCCUCCCAGACAUCUAUAUCUACACAGAUCAUAUGAAGGGGGUCAGCUCUGGAAAAUCACCAGGUUUUGGCAUGUGCCUUACUGCAGAAACCAUCAAUGGCACUAUUCUCAGUGCUGAGCUAGCCUCAAACCCUCAGGGCCAGGGAGCAGCUGUGCUUCCUGAGGAACUGGGGCAGAAUUGUGCUAAGCUACUGCUUGAGGAGGUUUACAGAGGAGGCUGUGUAGAUUCAACAAAUCAGAGCCUUGCUCUGCUCCUUAUGACCCUUGGACAGCAGGAUGUUUCCAAAGUGCUGUUGGGACCUCUGUCUCCAUAUACAAUUGAGUUUCUGCGACACCUCAGAAGCUUCUUCCAGAUCAUGUUUAAAAUUGAAACAAAGACUGCUGAGGAAGAGCACACGGGCGGGGAGAAGGUCUUAAUGACAUGUGUUGGCAUUGGAUUUUGCAACCUCAGUAAAACUAUAAGAUAAAAAACAUCUACAGUUUUUUAGAUUUCACAUCUGUGAAAGACAGAAAAUGCUGCAAAGAUCUGAUAAACCCCACCUAUCUCUGUACACUCUGGCAUAGGGAGACCUGUGAUGAUUCCAAUGCAGGGUUACCCAAGCCCACUGCAUAUAAACAAUAAAGACGACUUCAGACUAUUUAGAUCUGUGCUAUUUAUAAAUGCAAUGCCAGUAUUCUGUGCUACUUGGAGUGGUUCUCUGGAGUCUCAGCUGACCUGGGACACUUUGCACUGUAUUCCACUGAAUGGGACGCAAGUGCUUCAUGUCACUGUGCUCUCAAGCCUUAAUGAGGUGAGUGCUCUGGUUUUAUGUAUUUACUGAUUUCACUCAUAGCUUUUUCUGAAAGGUCUAGGUAGACAGGGAAAACAAAAACAAGCUUUGCAUUGCAAAACAAAUUAUCACAAUGGAAAUAUUAGAUUAUUGAGGUAAUUGCAGAGAUAAUAUUGGCAUGAAAAUUAAAGGUAUGACAGCAAUUCUUUGUUUAUUCAUUGUGUGUGUGUAGAAUUUGUCAGAGGAUCCACUCCUGUUUACAUUUGCUAAAUUCACAGAAGCACCAAAUAGUCUGAGUUGGAAAGGACCCAGAAGGAUCACUGAGUGUAACUCUUAAGUGAAUGGCCUAUACAGGGGUAAAACUCAUGACCCAUGGCAUUAUUAGUACCAUGCUUUAACCAGCUGAGCUCAUCUCAGGGUUGCAGUUUCAAAGGAAGAAUAAAAUAUCUGUCUUUUAUUUUUCCUAAUGUUAGAAUACUGUAGAAGAGAUCACAGCCUGUACUGACUUAUUUUAGUCUCUUUUGCAAACAUGGGCAUGGCAGGAGAAACCUCCAUGGCAGCUUUUGAAUUAUCACUUAUAUUCCUUUUAGGUUUGUUUGGCAUGCUGUACUCGUGGCUCACAAUUAGUUGUUAGAAGUAGCAAAAUAGCUGUAGGCUUUGAGAAAGAAAAAUAUAUUCAGUUCCACCAUCAUAUUUGGUGCAUCUGCUCCCUUUUUAAAGUGCCAAUAAUGCUGUAUGGGAUGGAUUGACAGAUGCAAAAAAGUUUCUACCAGGUUGUAUAUGUUUACCCAUAAAAGGCUACUGGUGGAUUCAACCAAACCUGUUGAAGUUAAUGCUGAACUCCUGACACAAGGGAAGAAAUUUGUACUUGACUUUAGACUAUCCUUCAUGUGUCUGGAGGAAAAUAAAACUGUGUCAAAAGCUGGUAUAUAAAGAGAGCAGAUACUAGUGACUGUGUUAAAAUGGUUUCACAAACUUAAUCUGAUGCCACUGUAAAGUGGGCAUUACCUCUGUAGUAUGAAUAAUAUAUAUUGGACCCAAGAAGGACUUGGACAGAGGUUCUGUAUUUGCUUACUGUUUUGUUAACUUUUGCAGGCCAUGUGAGAAAUUUUUUUACUGUACUUUGUUCUUGUAAUCUGUCAGACAUUAUUUGAAAAAAAUAAAGUAUUUUUUUCCUAAA